AUGGAGGACGAAGAAAAUGACCAAGAAGAGGAUGAAGCAUUACACAGCACUGAAAAGAUUGAAGAUUUGACCCUGUACGAGCAGACCUUGAUGAAUGAUUUUGAGGAAGACAUGAUGGAACCAUCCACUGCGCAAAAUGUUGAGACAGAAAACAAAAGUGAAGAAAUCAGCAUGGACAACAAGACAGUGAAGGAAAGAGUUUACUCAUGUGUGUGUCUUCUUGGCAAGCUAGGUUUCAGUGCUUGGAAAUUGUGCCAAAAAAAGAUACCUGCAGAAGCUUGGAUGAAUAAUUUGGAAUUGGUUGACAUUCCUGAGGAAUUAAGAUGUUUGAAUAUAUUAGAGGAACAUCUGAUCUCAAUUAAUAUACCAUUUAUGAAGAUGCUAGCAUUGCCAAGGGGAGGCCAGAAUGGAGUUCAUGGUCCGGUUGUAUGUGUGCCAUCAAAUAUAACAAAAACACUAACAGCAUUGCCGAGAUGUAACAGUAGUAAUGAGUUGAUAAGAGUGAAGUUGAAAAGAAAAUUAACUUACAAAGGAUAUUAUCAAUAUCAACUGGUGAGCAAGGAUAAUGUUGAAAAUGCAUUGCAUUAUCUCAAGGCGAAUAAUAUUUGGUACAAAGACAUUGUAGUGAAUAAAGAGUGGCAAAAUCCAUUAUUGGAUGAUGAUCAUAAAUUAGAAGAACAGGAUAGUACAACAGGACAAUGUUCAGAUGAGGAGUCGGGUGGAAGUGAUGAUGAAACAGAUGAUCGUUUGUGUGGUAUUCCUUUGGAUACAUGCUUACAACCUGUAGAUAUUGGACAAGAAGUGCUUGAUCAACACUUUGAUGAUGUACUUAAUGUAGCACCUUGUGAAGGAAAUAAUCCUGUUAGAGUGUUGAUGGAAGAAGGUAAUGAAGCCAAAUGUUUUCCUGCAUUGUUUCCAUCUGGGACUCCAAUCUUUAAUGAUGAUCGGCCAGUGCGCAUAACACUUUCAAGAUAUUUCCUUAACCGAUUAAUGAAUGCUGAUAAUAGAUUUGCAAAGAAUAUUCAGUACAUCUUUUAUGCACAGUACCUGUCAGAAGUUCAAAAUGUAAUGUCAAAAGUUUCAAUUGCAAUGCGUCAAAGUUCAGGAAGAAAUUCAAAUAUUGGCAAAUUGGGAGCUGGAAUGAUUAAAGACAAAGACCAGUUAAAUGAGAUUUUGCAGUCUGACAGUGGUUACAAAUUCUUGAAACCUAUUAGAGGUACACCACCUUAUUGGCAGUCAGCACAAAGAGAUGUUAUGGCUAUGAUAAGACAACUUGGAAUACCUACGUGGUUUUGUUCAUUUUCUUCAGCUGACAUGAGAUGGCCAGAAGUUAUAAAUACACUAUUAAGGCAACAGGGAGAUUCAAGAACAAUUGAAGAUUUGGAUUGGAAUGAAAAAUGUUUAAUCUUACGAAGUAAUCCUGUGACUGUGGCUAGAAUGUUUGAUCGAAGAUUUCAUACAUUUUUGAAGGAUGUCAUUUUGUCACCUGCGAAUCCUGUUGGAAAAGUGAAAGAUUACUUUUAUAGAGUUGAAUUUCAGCAAAGAGGCUCUCCGCAUACUCACUGUUUAUUUUGGAUUGAAAACGCUCCUCGAAUUGAAGUGGAUACAGAUGAUGAAGUUGUAACAUUUAUUGAUAGAUAUGUUAGUUGCAAGUUGCCCUCAAAGGAAGAACAUGAGGAAUUGAAUGACAUUGUGAGUCACGUGCAGUUGCAUAGUAGGAAACAUUCCAAAUCUUGUAAAAAGAAGGGGACAGAGUGUAGAUUCAACUUUCCAAGACCUCCAUCUGUCAGAACUUUUAUAUCGAAACCAGAUCCAUCAGCUGAUUAUGUAGUCAAUAAGAAUUCUUAUGCAGAAGAGAAUGAAUUUAAUAAUGAUAAUGACCUUGAUGAAAGUGGUCGCAGUGAUAAUGAUGGUACUGAGAACGUAAAAGAAGAUGUUUGCAUUGAUGUUGAUGAGAGUGGCACAAUUAGUGAUAGAAAGAAGCAUGAUGAAGCCAAGGAGUUACUGAAAUCUGUUUGGGAGGCUAUACAAGAUAAGAAUAACGCAAACAUGUCAGCCUUAGAAUUGUUUAAAAGUAUCAAUAUUAUGCAGACUGAUUUUGAAAAGGCUAAUGAUCUUUUAAGUACAAAAACUAGUAUUAUAAUGAAAAGAGAUCCUCAAGAUGUUUGGGUCAAUCAGUACAAUCCUGAUCUGAUAAGAUGCUGGAACGCAAAUAUGGAUAUACAGUAUAUAUGUGAUGAAUAUGCAUGUGCAGCUUAUGUUGUUUCCUACAUGUCUAAGUCUGAGCGUGAAAUGGGCCAGUUAUUAUCUCAUACUCUAAGUGAAGCAAGGAAGGGUAAUUUGGAUGCAAGAAAAAGUAUGAAGGAACUCGGGUGUGUGUACUUGCAUAAUCGUGAGGUAUCUGCCCAAGAAGCAGUGUUUCGUGUUUGUAGUCUGCGAUUAAAAGAGGGUUCAAGAAAAGUGGAGUUUAUUCCUGUUGGUGAAAGUCCAGUAAGAAUGAGUUUACCAUUGAGUGUAAUUCAGAAAAAAUCAGAAGAUGAUGAUGAUAUAUUUAUGAAAAAUCGAGUUGAUCGUUAUAAAGCAAGACCAGAUACUGAUACUUUUGAAAACAUGUGCCUUGCAACAUUCUGUUCACAUUAUAGAAUUAUUUAUAGUGCAGAUACUUGUAACAAAUCAAAAAAGUCAAGACUAUUCACAUUGAAAAAUGGAUUGGGUCAUAUACAGAAACGUAGUCGAACUGAACCAGCAGUCAUAAGAUAUCCACGGUUUUCAAUAACCAAAUACUCUGAAAAAUACUACCAUAGUUUACUGCAAUUGUUCCUUCCACAUCUCGUAGAUGCUCAAUUGAAGCCAGAACAAUUUGAGACAUAUGAAGACUUUUAUAGAAAUGGGGCUGUUUGCUUAAAUGGUGAUAUGGUAUCAGUUAGUGUUACAGUUGAAGAUAAUCGAUCCAAGUAUGAGAAGAAUGCUGAGAGUCUUGAGGCAGCAGAGAAAUAUGUGGAAAAAUUUGGUGUGCAUGAGGAUGCAUGGGCUUUGAUUUGUCCAACAAGUGAGCAAGAAAGAUUGGAAUGUGAAAGAGAACGUAAACCAGUUGAAGAAGAUGAUGAAGAAUGUGAUAUUCCAGAUCUGCAGCCUGACAAUAAAGAAAGAACACAUAAUAUUGAACCACAUUCUGCUAAAAUAUCAAAACAAGAUGCAUUACUUUUAUUGAGAUCAUUAAAUGAACAACAGAGGAAUGUUUUUAACAAGAUUCGUGACUGGUGUUUACAAAAGGUUAAUGGAGAAAGUCCUGAACCAUUUCAUGUAUUUCUGACUGGUGGAGCUGGAACCGGGAAAAGCCAUUUGAUCAAGUGUGUAUAUUAUGAAGCAACACGAUUAUUUUCAAAAAUGAAUCAUAAUCCGGAUAAUGUAUCAGUAUUAAUCACUGCACCUACAGGAGUUGCAGCGUUUAACAUCAAUGGAAGUACAAUUCACAGUGCAUUGUCAAUUCCUACAGAUGCAAGAUUGCCUUAUCAACCCCUCGGCAUCGCACGAAGAUCCUCCAGCUCCAGCGUCACGGUCAAGACCAAACGGGUUCAAACCCCGGUUAGUGGGCGAGCACUUUUGUGCAUCUCCGGUGACAGUCCAGGAAACGAAACUAUCAAGUGCCGGGAAAGAUCCAUCGGGAUUUGGAACGACAACGGAAUCAUCGGAUCCGUACAGAAGCAACGACUCUGGGUCAAUUUUAAAGAUUUUACCUAG